AUGGAUUGUGCAACAUUUGCCGUAUACCACGACGUCGACCAUUUCGAUGCUGGUAACCUUGCCGAGCAGGCAAGCCAAACCAGUUCUCAGUCUAGUGGAGGUAUCAACCUUCAUGAUCCACUUCAUCCUUUAUUGGUGGGAUCUUUUGUUGCUGCCUGGGGUGGGCCCGAAAAACCGACUGCGCAAAUGGAUGAAGACGAAGAUCUUCCUUUACCAUGGGGUCAACACUCCCUGAGCUCAACCGGCCAAAGCCAACUUUAUGGGCUCCAGCAGACAGCUAAUACGGAUCUUGCGCAAACCACCAUCUCCCUGGAAAAAGAGAAAGUCGGAUACCCAGUUAUGGAUAUACGUUGGGCGAUGAGCCGCCAUACAAUUGCGAGGCCACCGACAAAACCCACCUGA